AUGUCCGUAGACUACACCUCCAAGACAGUGAUAAUAACAGGCGGCGCCGCAGGCCUAGGCCUCGCCCUGACAAACACCUUCCUCGCCGCCAACGCAAACGUAAUCGUCCUCGACAUCUCCCCGGCAGCCCUCGCCUCUCUCCCCUCACAUGUCGCAGAACAACAUCGCGACCGCCUGCAUCCCAUAGAAUGCGACAUCACAUCGGCGUCCUCCGUCGAGGGCGCAUUCUCAACGUACCUCUCGGGGGGCGAGGGCCGCAGGCUGGACGUGCUGGUCAACAACGCCGGCAUCUCAGAUAAGAUGCACCCGACGGGAGACUGCGACAUGGCCAUGUGGGAGAAGAACAUCCUGGUCAACAUGACGGGGCUGUUUGUGACAUCGCAGCAUGCUAUCCGGCAGUUCCUGAAGCAGGAGCCGGUUGGCGGACAGAGGGGUGUGAUUUUGAACGUCAUCAGCGCCGCGGGCGUGAAUGGUGCGAGAGCCGGCGUCGCGUACACCGCAUCAAAACACGGCACCGUCGGCCUCACAAAGAGCACUGCCGCAUUCUACGGGCCAAAGGGCAUCCGAUGCCUGGCCAUCAUGCCAGGACCGAUGCAAACCAAUAUGGCCAGAGAUAAGGACCACAUUGCUGAUUUUCAUAAGGAAGGAUUGGCACUUGUUGUCUCGACGUUCAACACAGUCCACGGCAAUCCUGCUCAAGGAGGUUGGAAUUUCGGUUGGUCGGCUUUGGAACAGGUUGCGAAGACUGUGCUGGUUUUGUGCUCUGACGGGAUGAAUACCAUAAACGGCGCACUCGUCCCAACUGACAUGGGAUGGACGACUAUAUAG